AUGGAUUAUUACGGCGACUACUCGGGUUAUUCGGCUAAUCAACGCGCUUAUCCCUCAGCUCCACCAUUGAGAAGCAAUGGAACGAUUCGACAAACCUCUCGCAAAGUCGACUACUAUUCAACGGAUACGAACUACUUAUGUGUUGUUGCAACUUGUUUAGCCCUUCGUGCUGUUGCCACGCUUUUCAUCAUCGGCUCUUUGUACUAUUUAGUAGGAUCAAGCCACAACCUUCUCGUCCUUAUCGGUGGCUUUGAAUGUGCGACAAUGUUCACAAUUUUAAUGAUGUACUGUGGAGUCUCCAAGUUGAAUCCAUGGCUUUGUGCUCCGUAUGCGGUUUUCAGAACUGUCGAAUUCUUCUUAUGGGGUCUCAUCCUUUUCGCACUAAUCUUAGCCAUUAAAUCACCUGAAGGAGAAUAUUUCACUGAAGCUUACACACUUGUUCGUCUAGGAGCUGAGUAUUUAAGGAUGACGAAUAGUCCGCUUAAUUUGAGAGAUUUGACUUUAAGCCUUUGCUGGGUUGGACUUUUUGUCUCAUUGACAGCUCUUGGGUUGGCAAGUGAAGCGAUGAGACACGCGUGGGUAACCACAGCUCGAGUUGUUGAUUCGGGAAAAGGAAGAAGUACAAGGAGAAGAGAUCGAGGAGAUUCCGAUACAAGAAGGAUUAUGAUUGCUUCCGAUGAGUUCAACUAUGCA